AUGCCAUUAGCUGCUUUAACACCUGUAUUAAAUGAUUUGCUUCAUCAAAGAGACACCGAAUCCAUGUCAAAUCAACGAAGUCAACCUUUGCAACAGUCGACGAUUUCAUCAAAUGAUUCAUUCGAAACAAAAGAAUACCUGUGCAAAGGUACUGCUGGUGGCUUUUCGGCUGGUAUUGCCAAUCCAUCAGCAUCGCCGUCGUCGUCUUUAUGUAUCGAAGAUCAAAAUUCUCACGUAACUAAAACAAUCAAAUUCGUGAAGAAUGAAAAUUCCCUAAAAAGAGAAGAUUCAUUUUUGCGAAGAUUCUCUGUUCACUAUGGUUAUCGUGGAUUCGGAACAAUGGUAUCGUCCAAGCGAAAUCUACGAACAAAUAUUGAAAAAGAUGAGCCAAUUAAAUCCCGUUAUCUAUUUAUUCGUCGAAUUUUACGCUCAUGCAAUUAUUUUGUUAUAUCUACAGAUGAAUCAUUUUUAUUUUAUUGGUUGAUUCUACUGAACAUAUUUGUAUUAUACAAUCUGUGGAUUCCAAUUGCGCGGCAAGCAUUCGAACCAUUGCAAAGAGAUUAUGCCGAUCUUUGGAAAUUUGUCGACUAUCUUGCUGAUACGAUAUAUCUUCUCGAUAUCGGUAUCCAAUUUCGAACUGGUUAUUUACAACAAGGUUUACUUGUUUACGAUCAUUAUAAAUUAGCAAUGCAUUAUAUUCGUUCUUCUCGCUUUAUUUGCGACAUUGUAUCAUUAACGCCGUUGGAAUUAUUACAAACGAAGUUCGGUCCCAUACCAAUUCUUCGUUUUCCGCGAUUUUUAAAGAUAUAUCGAACGUUUCAAUUCUACUAUCUUCAAGAGUCUCGCACUGUCUAUCCAAAUACCUAUCGUGUUCUUAAUUUAUUUCAUAUACUUCUCCUGCUUGGCCAUUGGUUAGCUGCAUUUUAUUUCAUGGUAUCAAAAGCAGAAGGUUUUGUUGGAUACUGGUCCUAUCCAAAGCCUGUUGGAAAUUUUUCGCAACUAGCGAAAAUGUAUUUACGCUGUCUGUAUUGGUCAACAUUAACUUUAACAACAAUCGGUGAUUUACCACCACCAGAAACCAACUGGCAAUGGUUGAAAAAUUUCACGAACAAACGUUACGCUUUUUUAAUAAGCGUUCACUUGUUCGCCGUUUUUGUCAUAGCUAUCAUCGUGGGACAAGUUGGCAAUGUUAUCGCAAAUCGUAAUGCUAGUCGUUUAGAAUUCGAGCGCUUAUUGGAUGGUGCCAAGCAAUAUAUGCGUUCGCAUAAUGUUCCACCUGAGAUGCAACGGCGUGUUCAACGUUGGUAUGAUUAUUCAUGGUCACGUGGGCGUAUGUCUGGUGCUGGCGAUGUUCAUUCAAUAAAACUUCUUCCAGAUAAACUCAAAACUGAAUUAGCACUUCACGUUAAUUUAGGAACAUUAAAAAAGGUAACUAUAUUCCAAGAGUGCCAACCUGAAUUCCUUCAUGAUCUGGUUCUGAAAAUGCGCGCUUACAUUUUCACACCUGGUGAUAUAAUUUGUCGGAAAGGUGAAGUAGCGCGUGAAAUGUUCAUUAUAGCUGAUGGUGUUCUAGAAGUAGUCAACGAAAAAAAUGAAGUAUUGACUCGUAUGGGCGCAGGCGACUUUUUUGGCGAGAUCGGUAUAUUGAACAUCGAUGGUGCUAAUCGACGAACUGCCGAUGUGCGAAGUGUUGGUUAUUCGGAAUUGUUUUCUUUAUCGAAAGAAGAUGUGUUAGAAGGUUGUCGAGAUUAUCCAGAAGCUGAGCGUAAAUUAUACGAAUAUGCACAAAACCGACUUGAACUUGAAAAGUCGAAGAAGGAAGCGGAGGCAGCCGCAGCAGAGAGAAUGAGAAAUCCUCUUCACACAUUGACAUCAAUUGCAUCCUGCUUAACACAGAACCGGAUAUCAACGACAUCACCAAAUGUAGCACAAACGAAUGCGCCCAACACUAAUGACGAGAACGGAAACGAAAUAGUUACUGCAGAACCCGCACUAUCACCUCAUACUUAUCGAAAAGGAACAGCAGGAGUCCGAGCGAAAUUACAAUCUAAAUACAGCACAACGCGUGCACAAAAUUCAAUCUGUGAUAAUCAAGAGAAAUCUUCAGAAUCACAAUGUCCGACGACAGAAAACCCUUUAAUUCGAUCCUUACGCAUUCAUUCAACAGAUCUAAUGAGUAAUAUUGAAUCUGUUAUCAAUAAUCAGCUGGUGAGUUUUUCACAUGAUGAAUUGCUCGUAUGUAUAAUGUUUUUUGCACUUUCAAAAGAAAUCAGUGGAACAGAAAUAUCGUGA